AUGCCUGCGCGUGGCACAAUCCGGUGUUUGACCGCACUCGCAAGCAUAAUUACCCUUGUGCCUUUCUCGUUUGCGGCCAUCGACUGUAAUGCCGAGUCCCACACCAUCUCAAGUCAACAAGAUGCCUCUGAUCUCGACGAAUGUGCCGAGUCGGGGCAAAAGAUUAGGGGUGAGGUAGUGAUAUCCCCAGAAACAGCAACCGACAUCGAGAUUGCGAGUUUUGGCAACAUUAAUGGAAGGAUAGUCGCCACCGACAAUCCAUACCUGGAGAGCCUAAAGCUCGGAAACGCCACGACAGCCACUUCGGAGACAUCUCCUUCGCUAUCUCUCAUCAACGUCACUAGCCUAGGCUCCUUGGUAUUCGAUGACUCCGUGUGGAGGCUGGGCGAUUUGGACCUCCGCAGCCUCCCAAAACUAGCAACUUUGGAUUGGGGUGUCGGAAGACCGCCCAUUGAUCCAUACAUAGCGCAAAACUUGGAGCUGUUGGAAGUGGGCAGCGUGACUCUGACAGGACUUCCAAAUCUACGCAAGAUCGGAUCUAGCGGGCAGGAGAUUGUUCUUGGUUUGAACGUGACAAUGAAAGACGUGGCGUUGGAGUCCGUGGACGCAUUUACCAACUUUACCGAGAGCCGCCAUCUCGCGAUAGAGGGGAUCCCAAAUGUCAAUCGUAUAACCUUCAGUUAUGUAUUGUCAGAAUCGGUUACGAUACAGGGCAAUGGCGAACUUGACAUCGCGUUUACUCACCCCGAUUACCGGGGUUGGAGAUUUAGAGGAGGGAAAGGAAAGCUUCGUUUCCGGGAGCCUUUCCCGAUAAAGCAUAACCAUGCGCAUAGCCGCAACCUCUACGAUGGCGCUAAAUCGAAAUUCGCGAAUCGAUGGGACGGGCGGCUCUUGGCAUUCUCGUAUAGGAAGCGUUGCCUCGCCGUCGGCGGUCUCCUCAAGUCCGAGGGUCUCGUCGCCGAAGCGGGAGAAUAUACGCCGCCGUAUACCCGAGAACUCGGGGAGUAG